GCGUUGGCUUCGGUGGGACUUUUGUCUCCUCCCCCUCCUUACGUCCACUAGUUACUGGGGCUGCUCGCAAGCCUUCACGCAGUCAUUUUUGCGCCUCUUGGGAUCCGUUAGCCAGUGCCGUCCACUCAGCUCCGCGGGGCCCCCCAGCAUGCCGGACAGUGAAGAGAACCUCAAGAAGAAAGCCCUGGAUGGAAGUUUGGGGCAGAAUCCAGAAGGCUUCGAACCCAGGUUUUUGAACAGACUUCCUCCAAGACAGGCUCGAAAGUUCAGUUUGAUUCCACUGCAUCUGAAAGGAUUAAGACAGGAUAUUCAGAGAAGUAUCCUGCCUGACCACCAGCACCUCUCCAAAGAGUCCCUCAACAAUGCCUUGGAGAACCUGUACCUGCAGAGGGCGGAGGAGAAGGAAGAAGUCUCUACAGAGUCCCUGUGGACCACAUCAGCUGAUGGAUUGGUCAAGAUACGGAUGGAUCACACCUGCUCACAGACCCCAAAGACUGUGCACCAGGUAUUCCUAGAAAGUCUGGAGAAAUAUGGAAACCUGAAUGCCUUGAGCAGCAAGCGGGACGGGAAAUGGGAGAGGAUCACCUACUCUCAGUACUAUCUUCUCUCCCGAAAAGCUGCCAAAGGCUUUUUGAAGCUCGGCCUGGAGCGUGUCCACAGCGUCGCCAUCCUCGGAUUCAAUUCGGCAGAGUGGUUCAUCUCUGCCGUGGGCGCGGUCUUCGCCGGGGGCAUCCUCACAGGAAUCUACACAACCAGCUCCCCCGAGGCUUGCCAAUACAUUGCCCAUGACUGUAAAGCCAACGUGAUCCUGGUGGAUUCCCAGAAACAGCUGGAAAAGAUACUGAAGAUCUGGAAGAACUUGCCAUACUUGAAGGCUGUCGUGAUGUACAGAGAGACCCCAGCAGAGAGAAUUCCAAACGUAUAUACGAUGGAAGACUUCCUAGAGAUAGGCAAUGAGGUUCCUGAUGUCACCCUGGAUGUCAUCCUGAACUCCCAAAAACCCAACCAGUGCUGUGUGCUUGUUUACACGUCGGGGACCACCGGCAACCCCAAAGGCGUGAUGCUGAGUCAGGACAAUAUCACUUGGACGGCCAAGUUUGGCAGCCGGGCCGGGGACAUCCAGCCCGCUGAAAUUCAGCAGGAGGUGGUGGUGAGCUACCUGCCCCUCAGCCACGUCGCCGCCCAGAUGUACGAUCUCUGGACGGGGAUUCAGUGGGGGGCCAACAUCUGCUUCGCUGAGCCUGAUGCCCUGAAGACGAGCCUGGUGACCACCCUGAGGGAGGUGGAGCCCACGGCCCACAUGGGAGUGCCCAGGGUGUGGGAGAAGAUGAUGGAGGGGAUCAAGGAGGCCUCAGCCCAGGCCGGAUUCUUCAAGAGGAAGAUGUUCCUGUGGGCCAUGGCCGUGACCAUGGAGCGCAACCUCAGCUGCCCAAGCAGUGACCUGAAGCCUUUCACCAUGAGGCUGGCCGAUUACCUGGUCCUGGCCAAGAUCCGCAAGGCCCUGGGCUUUGCCAACUGCCAGAAGAACUUCUACGGGGCGGCCCCGAUGACCACAGAGACGCUGCACUUCUUCCUGGGCCUCAACAUCCGCCUCUACGCCGGCUACGGACUGAGCGAGUCCUCCGGCCCCCACUUCAUGUCCAACUCCUACAACUACAGACUCUACAGCUCUGGAAAGGUGUUGCCCGGCUGCAAGGCCAAGCUGGUGAACAUUGACGCCGAAGGCAAUGGGGAGAUCUGUCUGUGGGGCCGGACCGUUUUCAUGGGCUAUCUCAACAUGGAGGAGAAGACCAGGGAGACUAUAGAUGAGGAUGGCUGGCUACACACAGGAGACCUGGGGAAGCUGGACAACGACGGCUUUCUCUACAUCACCGGGAGGCUCAAAGAGUUAAUCAUAACAGCUGGAGGGGAGAAUGUGCCCCCACUCCCCAUUGAGGAGGCCGUGAAGAUAGAGCUGCCCAUCAUUAGCAAUGCCAUGUUGAUUGGGGACCAGAGGAAAUUUCUGUCCAUGUUGCUGACCCUGAAGUGUACUCUAGAUCCAGAAACCUCAGAUCCCACGGAUUAUCUCACCGACCAAGCCCUGGAGUUCUGCCAGAAGGUCGGGAGCAAGGCCACCAAAGCGUCCGAAAUAGUGGGCAGGAGAGAUGAGGCCAUUUACCAGGCAAUCGAGGAAGGCAUCCGGAGAGUCAACGAGAAAGCUGCUGCCCAACCUUACCGCAUCCAGAAGUGGGCCCUCCUGGAAAGGGAUUUCUCCAUUUCCGGGGGAGAAUUUGGUCCCACAAUGAAACUGAAGCGCUUAGCAGUUCUUGAAAAGUACAAAGAAGAAAUCGAAUCAUUUUACAAAGAACCAAACAAUUAAUCCGGGCUCUUAUUCUAGUCUCUGCUGAACAGAUGCUGGGGAUUCUACUCCCGAGAAUCAGGCUAUCUUAAAACAGGGGCGCAAAAAGAAUCCCCAAGGAAUCUGUCACACCUCCAGGAAGGAUGGUGUCCGGGCUAGCCACGGCCGCCAGCCUCUGCUCUGCGGUGGGACAACCCGAGGGGCCGGCUUUCACUUGUAGAUAAGUAGUUUGAAUUCUGUACAAUUCUGCGUUACACGUAACAAAGGCACCCACCAUAACACCUCUAUUCUGAUAAUCCCCAGGCUCUAAUUCCUGUUAGACUUGAUGAGCUACAAAUCAACACAGCAGAGAGGAAAGGCAGGUUGUGGAAGCGACUCACAACUAACACGCACAAUGGCAGGGAGCGUAGACUUGCUUAACCGCCAAGGAGAACGGCUUUCAUCCGCUCCCGAUCCAAAAGUGCCAGUCCCCAAGGACCAGCACCGCCCUGGUUAUGGUGCUUUCCCUAGGACCUAGCGCUUAAUGAAGCUGCUGACGUCUCCUUCCUAAUGGCCAUAAUCAAAUAAAUGUAAAAUUUGAACACUAAACAAAGCUUUCAAGGGGACCAAGUAUCUGAAUACAUUCACAGAUGAUAAAGAACCACCAAUCUAGCCUUUCUAGCCCUCACGCGGCUCCUCCGUGUUUCUGAAAGGAUUAUGGGCCAGAUAGAAAUGUCAUUCGUUUCCAAAACUACUGAAACUACGCUUUGGAUGUCUGGAAAAUUGUGCAAAAAAGCACCAAAGCACAGGGAGACAAACAGUAACCACCCUGCUACCCACUGAUUGGUUCAACACAGGUAGCUAGUGUAGAAUAUGUAAACUUAACACAUAAAAAGCAUGGUUUGGUUACCUGGUUGGGAUCUCGAUGUCGGCUCUGACAGAAAUUAAGCAGAUAUUAGGAACAAGCUGGGCCCAAAGAAUUCAAGUGCUAGAAAAACAAACCCUCUUCACAGGGAACACAUGCAGACAAAUUAUACGUGUUUUUAACCAGUUUUUAAAAUCUUUAUUACUUCGCUGUUUGAACCCAACAGGCACUCUCACAGCUGGCACAAUCCAACACAAACACAGAAGCAGCAGGAUAAAUAAAAGUACAUCACAAGCAAGCUGAAGCCCUCAUCAUGAGAGGGAGGGGGCCCCUUUCCCAUAGUGGGGCUGAGACACUCGAACACAAUCACUCUGAUUGAGAGUACGCUAGCAAGUAGCUGCCAUCUUGCUCCCACAGGUUCAUGUGAGAGGAAUUGGUCAACUAUAAGCCCCAAGCUACACUACGGGACCAAAGCAAAAUGCAGCACUCACCUAACAAGAGAACUUAACGUUA